UCAAAUGUAUGGGUUUCGGCUUUGCGUCGGACGCCAUUUCUUUAUUUUGAUAUAUUUGGUUCAAUUACGUCUAUCCGAAAUACCUUUGAGUUUCGCGUAAAAAUCAGCAUGAGACAACCAUUGCAUCAUAUAGAUGUGCCAUUCGAGAAGGCAACAUUCGGAAUGGGUUGUUAUUGGGCAUGCGAUUCUUUGUUUGGGGCCACCAAGGGAGUUUUACGGACACGAGUUGGUUACGCCGGUGGAACCACUGGUGCUCCAGUGAAUAAAAAUAUAGGAAACCAUGUCGAAGUCAUAGAGAUAGACUAUGAUCCUACGCAGAUCACUUACGCGGUUUUGCUCGAACUGUUUUGGAAGAACCAUGAAUAUCGGGUGUCUGCGCGCUUAAAGCGGGAGUACAUGACCAUGAUAAUGUACCACAACGCCGAGCAGCGUCGUUUGGCUGAGGCGUCUAUGCUCGAUCAGCAGUCCAAAGAAAAAGAUGAUGCAGUUGCAACUGAGAUUGUUCCAGUCGGAAUAUUUUAUCCCGCUGAAAACCAUAAUCAGAAGUACCGUCUGCUAGGACAUGUCGAUCUUGCCAAAGAUCUAAAUCUGACACCUGAGUUGCUUCAAACUUCGCACGUGGCAGCCCGAUUGAAUGGAUAUUUGGUGGGCGUUGGAGGCAUGGAACAGUUUGAAUCGGAAUCUGAACAGUUGGGCCUUUCGGAUGAGCAAAUACAAUAUGUGAAGAACUGUAUUAUGCAGAAUGAAGGUGGGAGCUUAAUAUGCUGAUGUUGUAAAUCAACUUUUUUUUGUAAUACAAUUAUAAACGAACACAUGCA